AUGGACACAUCAUCACCCCAACCUCCACGAUUAGAUACUCCGGAAAAUAUGAAAGAUUUUCAUACCGUAGUAUACUUAACGAUAAUAAUGACUAUGUUUAGUUUAUGCGGAUGUUCGUACGUAUUUUUCAGAACUUACAAGCAGUGGAUAUUAAAUAAAAAAAGAUCCUUGCCAAUGAUCUAUUUGUUACCAUUUUAUACUGCUUUUUCUGAUUUCCUAAUUAAUGUGGCCUUUUUCGUAAAUAUUAUUCACACGGCAAUUUAUGCUGAAAUUUGGGACCAACCAAUGUGUCGAAUAAUUAGUACGGUUCAUUGGGGAAUUCUAACGAUCAACCUAACGUUAUAUAGUGUAAUAGCUUCGAUUACAUAUACACGCGUUUGUUGUGAAAUUUAUUUUGUAUAUGGACCAUAUGACUAUAAACUUUGGUUACUCGUAAUAGGAAUUUCCGCAAUUUUUCAAGUCAUAAAUAUUCCGAAUCACGGAGCACGUAAAUUCUGUAAUGCUGAUGGUGAAUUGGAUAGUGCGGCUAUUAAAAAACGUGAUGAAAUUGAAAAAAAAGAAAAGAGAGCCGCUAAAAAAAUUAUCAGUUAUAUGCUCGUAUUUUUACUUCAAUGGACUCCUGUACAGAUUCAUCUUAUCACCCGCUGGUUUAACAUUGAUGACGCUUGGAUUUAUAUUUUAGCUGCUACAGGCCAACUACUUGGAGGAAUCGGUAACGCUGUAAAUUAUAUAUUCAAUGAAGGAUACGUUACACGUAGUUCUAGUUCGGAGAGUUCGGAGAAUGAAAUC